AUGAUGUGCGAGGUGAUGCCAACCAUCAGUGAAGCAGAAGGCCCCCCGGGAGGAAGUGGGAGCCAUGGGUCUGGUUCGCCUUCGCAGCCAGAUGCAGAUUCGCAUUUUGAACAGUUGAUGGUGUCCAUGCUGGAGGAGAAGGACCGCCUUCUGGAGACGCUGAGAGAGACUCAGGAGACACUGGCUCUAACCCAGGGGAAAUUGCACGAGGUUGGCCAUGAAAGAGAUUCCUUGCAGAGGCAGCUCAACACCGCACUUCCGCAGGAGUUUGCAGCACUUACUAAAGAGCUCAAUGUGUGCAGGGAGCAGCUGCUUGAGCGGGAAGAGGAGAUUGCUGAACUGAAGGCAGAAAGAAACAACACCAGGCUGCUGCUAGAACAUUUAGAGUGCCUUGUCUCCAGGCACGAGCGCUCUCUCCGGAUGACCGUGGUGAAGAGGCAGGCGCAGUCCCCGGCAGGCGUGUCCAGCGAGGUGGAGGUCCUCAAAGCACUCAAGUCCUUGUUUGAGCACCACAAAGCCCUGGAUGAAAAGGUGAGGGAGCGCCUGCGAGUAGCACUUGAAAGGUGUAGUUUGCUGGAAGAAGAGCUGGGUGCCACCCACAAAGAGCUGAUGAUUCUUAAAGAACAGAAUAAUCAGAAAAAAACACUGACAGAUGGGGUGCUUGACAUAAAUCAUGAACAAGAAAACACACCCAGCACGAAUGGAAAGAGGUCCUCCGAUGGUUCUUUAAGCCACGAGGAAGACCUCGCUAAAGUGAUGGAGCUGCAGGAAGUCAUAGACAAGCAGGCCCGGGAGCAGAGCCAGAUGAAGGAGCGCCUGGCCGCCCUCUCCACACAUGUGGCGGAGCUGGAGGAGGACCUGGACACCGCUCGGAAGGAUCUCAUCAAGUCCGAGGAGGUGAACACGAAGCUGCAGCGAGAUGUGCGGGAGGCCAUGGCGCAGAAGGAAGACAUGGAGGAGCGGAUCAACACCCUGGAGGAGCGCUACCUCGCAGCCCAGCGCGAGGCCACCUCCGUGCACGACCUCAACGACAAGCUGGAAAACGAAAUUGCCAACAAGGACUCUAUGCAUCGGCAGACUGAGGAUAAGAACCGCCAGUUGCAGGAGCGCUUGGAGCUGGCGGAGCAGAAGCUGCAGCAGACCCUGCGGAAGGCGGAGACACUCCCUGAGGUGGAGGCUGAGCUGGCCCAGCGCGUGGCCGCACUCUCCAAGGCUGAGGAGAGACACGGCAACAUUGAGGAGCAGCUGUGCCAGAUGGAGGCGCAGCUGGAGGAGAAGAACCAGGAGCUGCAGCGGGCACGGCAGAGAGAAAAGAUGAAUGAAGAACAUAAUAAACGUUUAUCAGAAACUGUUGACAGGCUGCUUUCAGAAUCGAAUGAGAGACUUCAGCUUCACCUUAAGGAGAGGAUGGCUGCUUUGGAAGAGAAGAAUUCUCUCGUACGUGAAGUUGAAGAUGCAAAAAAGCAAUUAGAAGAAACUCAACAUGAUAAGAAUCAACUGGUACUGAAUAUCGAAGCUUUGAGGGCUGAACUGAGCCAGAUGCGGCUCAGAGGUGCUUCCCUUCAUCACAGCCGACCCCACUUGGGCAGCGUCCCAGACUUCAGGUUCUCCGUGGCGGACAGCUCCACGGACUCGUACGGCAGCGGCGCGGUGCUGCGGCGCCCCCAGAAAGGCCGCGUGGCAGCGCUGCGGGACGAGCCUUCCAAGGUACAGACUCUGAACGAGCAGGAUUGGGAGCGUGCGCAGCAAGCCAGCGUCCUGGCCAACGUGGCCCAGGCGUUCGAGAGCGAUGUCGAUCUGUCAGACGGCGAGGACGAAGGGGACACACUCUUCAGCUCGUCCGCGCUGCUGUCGCCUAGCGGGCAGGCCGACGCUCAGACGCUGGCCAUGAUGCUGCAGGAGCAGCUGGACGCCAUCAACAAGGAGAUCAGGUUGAUUCAGGAGGAAAAGGAGAGCACAGAGCAGCGGGCCGAGGAGAUCGAAAGCCGAGUUGGCAGUGGGAGCCUGGACAACCUCGGUCGUUUCAGAUCCAUGAGCUCCAUUCCGUAUCCUGCGUCCUCACUCGCAGGCUCCUCCCCUCCAAACAGCGGUCGGUCCACCCCUCGACGCAUCCCGCACAGCCCCGCUCGGGAAGUGGACAGACUAGGCAUCAUGACUCUGUUGCCAGCUUCCCGAGAAGAGGUACGAGAUGAUAAGACAACGAUAAAAUGUGAAACAUCCCCUCCUCCCUCCCCGAGGUCCCUGCGCUUGGACAGGCUGCAUAAAGGAGCCCUGCACACGGUCAGCCACGAGGACAUCCGGGACCUCAGGAACUCGACAGGCUCCCAGGACGGCCCGGUGAGCAACCCCAGCAGCAGUAACAGUAGCCAGGACUCGCUCCACAAGGCCCCCAAGAAAAAGGGCAUCAAGUCCUCCAUCGGCCGCUUGUUUGGCAAGAAGGAGAAGAUGCGCGCCGGGCACAUCGGCAAGGAGGCGCUGGGACAAGCUGGCAUUUCAGAAACAGAAAACUCAUCUCCAGACGCCUUAGGACUUAGCAAAUUGGGGGGACAAGCUGAGAAAAAUCGCAAACUUCAGAAAAAGCACGAGCUGCUCGAGGAAGCACGGAGACAAGGUCUGCCUUUUGCACAGUGGGACGGGCCCACUGUGGUCGUGUGGCUGGAGCUCUGGGUGGGGAUGCCGGCCUGGUAUGUGGCCGCGUGCCGAGCCAACGUGAAGAGCGGGGCCAUCAUGUCGGCCCUGUCGGACACGGAGAUCCAGCGGGAGAUCGGCAUCAGCAACCCUCUGCACCGGCUGAAGCUGCGGCUGGCCAUCCAGGAGAUCAUGUCCCUGACCAGCCCAUCGGCCCCACCCACAUCCAGGACGACGCUCGCGUACGGGGACAUGAACCACGAGUGGAUCGGCAACGAGUGGCUGCCCAGCCUGGGCCUCCCGCAGUACCGCAGCUACUUCAUGGAGUGCCUGGUGGACGCGCGCAUGCUCGACCACCUGACCAAGAAGGACCUGCGGGGGCAGCUGAAGAUGGUCGACAGCUUCCACAGAAACAGUUUCCAGUGCGGAAUUAUGUGCCUGCGAAGAUUAAAUUAUGACCGAAAAGAACUGGAAAGGAAAAGAGAAGAAAGCCAGAAUGAAGUAAAAGAUGUGCUCGUUUGGAGCAACGAUCGCGUGAUUCGCUGGAUCCUGUCUAUUGGCCUGAAGGAAUACGCAAACAACCUCCUGGAGAGCGGGGUGCACGGGGCACUCAUGGCCUUAGACGAAACCUUCGAUUUCAACGUGCUGGCCCUCCUCCUGCAGAUCCCCACGCAGAACACCCAGGCUCGCGCUGUCCUGGAGAGAGAGUUCAACAAUCUCUUGGUCGUGGGCACGGACAGGCGGUUCGGUGAAGACGAUGAUAAGACCUUUAGGAGAGCACCUUCUUGGAGAAAAAAAUUUAGACCAAAGGACGUUCGUGGCUUAGCUGCUGGAUCAGCAGAGACUCUCCCUGCAAACUUCCGCGUCACCUCCUCGCCCUCCGUGCCCCCGAAGAAGAUGCAGCUGGACGGCAGUGUGUCAGGAGCGCCGAGGCUGGAUUCCGCCACAGUCAGGACUUACUCCUGCUGA